UCAUUUCCUCGCGCGCGCCGGAAGUGGCGGUGCUCGGCGGCGGCGCGCCGGGCCGGCCAGCGCAGGGCGCUGGCCAGGUGAGCGGUUCCCCAGGGCGGCGGCGCUGAGCGGAGGGCGCGAAAAGUCACCACCCAUAUAAUGGACUUUAUAGAUCAGAUUGCUUAGUGUGGAUGUCAUGGUAACAAUACAGGAAAUAUACUUAAUUUCUCACUUCUGCAAGUAGUCAUGACUGCUGAAGAAAGAAUCUUUUUAAACUACAGCAGAGUUCAUUUGGGUACCUUUUAUGGAAAUCCUAAUCUUGUUUUUAAUUUUUGAUAUUUUUUUCUAAAGUUAUGAACAAGCCAAGAGCUUGUCUUGUUGGGCAAACACACAGUAGUAAGAAUGUCUAGAAGAGGACCGAUUCUUCACAGCCGGACCCAGUGGCUGCUGUUGGGCCUUGCUUUGCUCUUCAGUUUAGUAUUAUUUAUGUACCUCCUGGAAUGUGCCCCUCAGACUGAUGGAAAUGCAUCUCUUCCUGGUGUUGUUAGAGAAAAUUAUGGUAAAGAAUAUUACCAGGCCCUCCUGCAGGAGCAAGAAGAACAUUACCAAACCAGGGCAACCAGUCUGAAACGCCAAAUUGCCCAGCUAAAGCAAGAACUACAAGAAAUGAGUGAGAAGAUGAGAUCAUUGCAAGAGAAAAAGAAUAUAGGGGCUAACAGCAUAGGCUAUCAAGGCAACAGAGAGCAGACACCUGGUGAUCUCUUAGAGUUUCUUCAUUCUCAGAUCGACAGAGCUGAAGUUAGCAUAGGAGCCAAACUACCCAGUGAGUAUGGAGUCGUUCCCUUUGAAAGCUUUACUUUAAUGAAAGUAUUUCAGUUGGAAAUGGGUCUCACUCGCCAUCCUGAAGAAAAGCCAGUUAGGAAAGACAAACGAGAUGAAUUGGUAGAAGUUAUUGAAGCUGGCUUGGAGGUCAUUAAUAAUCCUGAUGAAGAUGAUGAACAGGAAGAUGAGGAGGGCCCUCUUGGAGAGAAACUGAUAUUUAAUGAAAAUGACUUCAUAGAAGGCUAUUAUCGCACUGAGAGAGAUAAAGGCACACACUAUGAACUCUUUUUUAAGAAAGCAGACCUUAUGGAAUACAGACAUGUAACCCUCUUCCGCCCUUUUGGACCACUCAUGAAAGUGAAGAAUGAGAUGAUUGACAUUACGAGAUCAGUUAUUAAUAUCAUUGUGCCACUGGCUGAAAGGACUGAAGCGUUUUCACAGUUCAUGCAGAACUUCAGAGAUGUUUGCAUUCAUCAAGACAAGAGGAUUCAUCUCACUGUUGUAUAUUUUGGGAAAGAAGGACUAUCUAAAGUCAAGUCUAUCCUAGAAUCUAUCACAAGUGAGUCUAAUUUUCACAAUUACACCUUGAUCUCGCUGAAUGAAGAAUUUAAUCGUGGACGAGGGCUAAAUGUGGGUGCCCGAGCUUGGGACAAGGGAGAGGUCUUGAUGUUUUUCUGCGAUGUUGAUAUAUAUUUCUCAGCCGAGUUCCUUAACAGCUGCCGGCUAAAUGCUGAGCCAGGUAAAAAGGUGUUUUAUCCUGUCGUGUUCAGUCUUUACAAUCCUGCCAUCGUUUAUGCCAACCAGGAUGUGCCACCCCCAGUGGAGCAGCAGCUGGUUCAUAAAAAGGAUUCUGGUUUUUGGAGAGAUUUUGGCUUUGGGAUGACUUGUCAAUAUCAAUCAGAUUUCCUGAAUGUUGGUGGAUUCGACUUGGAAGUAAAAGGCUGGGGUGGAGAAGAUGUUCAUCUCUACCGGAAAUACUUACAUGGUGAUCUCAUUGUGAUUCGGACUCCAGUUCCUGGUCUUUUCCACCUCUGGCACGAGAAACACUGUGCAGAUGAGCUGACACCCGAGCAGUACCGGAUGUGCAUCCAGUCCAAAGCCAUGAACGAGGCUUCUCACUCUCACCUGGGAAUGAUGGUCUUUAGGGAGGAAAUAGAGAUACAUCUUCGCAAACAGGCGUACAGAACAAACAGUGAUGCUGCUGGGUGACAGCCUUCAACACACUGAAGUCAGAACCACAAACCAGCACUGUUAUUCAGCCUUAAUCCAAAUCGAGAUUCUGUGCCUCGUCCAGAGAAAAACUGUUUAUUUUUCAUGUUCUUACUGAAUUUUAUUUGUAGUUCAGCUUGAUGUGAGAAAAAAACACAGGUGUUUGGAUGCAAAGCCAGUUUUGUGAGAGUACUGUAGCAGAAACAGUUGACAAAAUGAAAUUUGGUAUUUGUUCCCAAAAUAGUUUGAAAUAGUCUGCCUGGUACCUGUGUUCUGAUUGGCCCAGGGUGCUGGGCUGACGUUGUGUUAGUCGGCACAUCUACAGGGAAACAGAACAUUGGUUCGUCAUGCUCUGCAGGCAGAUAUCACCUGCUAACCACUAAGUCGAUCAUUCAACUCCAGUUUUUAAUGAGAGCUUCUGUUGAUGACAUGUAGAAUGGUUUUCACAGGGAAUAAUUAAAUGACACGUCUGAAAUCUCCAGUCCAUCAGGAAGUCAGAAAUCAGGGCCUCCUAACUUCCUGUUGCUUUACCUCUAAGUCUCUGCCUUUAAGCCAAUAGAUACAACAUACAUAGUUUAAAAUCUAUGGUUUGAUUAUAAAUAAGAUAUAUCAUUAUAUUAUCAUCAUCUUCAAAAUGCAUAAUCAAAACUGCUAGAUUGUUUUGAACAAACAAGUAAAUGAAGAAGCGUUUAAACAAAUCAUUUUGUUACAUUGGAAUGCAGGAAAAUAUAUAGGUUUGGGAACAUCAUCUUACUAUAAGCCAGAGGCAUCACAACCUUCCUGAAGAGGCAUAGAAGAUACAAACAUUAUAGUAUGGUUUUGUAUGGCUUUUGUUUUGCACUGUCUUAUUUAGCAUAGGUACAGGUAUAUUUAUUUUAUAAUAUGUUAAUUUUUGCCACAGCUGUGUUUGCAUUUGUAUUAUACUUCCAGUUGAAGGCAUUUCAUUGGAAAAAAAGCAAUUUAAUGCAUUGUAUAAUAAGAUCACUCUGAUUUGAAAAAAGGGAAGGAAAAUAAUCUGAUAGAAAUAUGAAUUAUGGAGUACUUUAAAAAAUUAUGUACAGAUUGACUGUUAUUUUAAUUGAAGUAUAAAUUAUAUUAAUGAGACCAGAGGAAUAAGAAAUUAUAUUCUGAUAGGACUGUACUAUAGUAUUUAUCAUAUGGAUAUUUUAUCAUUGAGCCAUUUACUAGACGAAGUAAAAGGCAUGCAUAAUUUUUUCAGCCCUUGACUUUUAAAGGGCACCUACUAUUUGUAUAUAACUUAUGAAAACUCAGAAAAGGUCAUUUUUUUCAGUAAGUCAUACACUUACAGAUGUUACAAAUGCCAAAUUUCUAGGUGCUAAAGUGAAUCCAAUUUCAUAAUAACUAAUUAUUAAGGGUUCUAGCUGGGUAAUAUUUAGGUGUUUUUUUU